UCAUAGAAGACCGAAAAAAGACUGACGCAGGCAGAAUUCGUGAGACCUGCAGGGAAAGCCCUUGUUAACUCUAAUUACUCCCACUUCGCCAGAGUUCAAAUUCAUUUAAUCCAAGCUGCACCGUGCGCACAUUAGGCCAAUUAAAGCGCUGUUCACUUGCCUCGGUGCACCUUGGCUGAGUUGUCUUGAUAAUGACCCGUUUGCUUGCUAAAUGUUUGUCUCUGUGUGCACACGGAGGACCUUCUUUUUCUCUUUUAUACGAAGAAUGAGGAAAAAUGAAUUUGUUAUUACACUUCUAGGCAAAAAGGCCUAACCUGGACCACAGCAAGGCUUUCAGAGUGCGCUAAGGCCUGCUGUCAAUCCUCUUAUAUUGUGCCUCACUGAAAAUGGAUUAGUGAGUAACACUGGUCCCGGGUCACUUUGGAGGGAUUUGAUUGAUUGGGCCUGUAGCUGAUACUGACCUCCUAUACUAACAUACUAAAUCAUUUCCCCUUUAAAUUAUUACAAAACCAAAGAGUUGUAGUGUUUGGGGGAGGGAAAUUGCGCUUUAUUUUUUAUUUUUUAUCGAAAGGAGGAGUGCAGGAUUUAAAAAAAAACGUCGAUCUGGAAUAUAUCUAAUUUUCUUUUCACAUUUACACGCUAAAGAAAAAAGACACGAGUGGGUUUGCGUCCUUUUUUAAGAGACAUGUUGCCUGUGAACAGAGCUGUUUGUGGAAACGCGCAGGAGCCCUCAGAGACGCUGACUGCAGGACGUAAGUAGCUCUCCAGGGUGCUAAAGUUGUCUCCACACCCCCCAUCUAGGCGCUUUUCGUGACACUUUCAGCCCGUAAUCCCCACACGAUGACCGGCCUGUGUCUUCAUCAGAGCGACACCGGGGCGAACAGGUAAAGGUAUCGGGGAUGGUUAGUUGGCGAGUGUGUGUGAAGACAGAACAAAGAAAAAAGAAAAGAAAGAACGCAGAUCCGAGUGGGUAUCUGUAAGAUUGUCUCAUCGGACCCUGUCCUGAUGCCGUUACAGACAUGUGGUGUCAGAGGUGUGACUGAUAACUGAUAGUGAACGCAAGGCUUCACUAUCUUGGUCACCGUGGGAGGACAAUGCAACAUAUUGCUCCAAAUUUCAGAUGGCCGCUGUGGGAGUCCAGCCAUUCGUGUGUGCCCGUAAUUAAAAACAGACACACCUUACCGGCUCUGCCCUUUUACAACUUUCUGUUAUGGGUCCUGCUGGGAGUGCUGACGUUCCCUUGCUGCGUCCGCUGUUUGAUAUUCAAAGUGGGGGUCCUGGGGCCCUGGAACUGCGACCCUGUUUUUUACAAGGCCCUGCCUGCUGCGGCGGCCAGGCUCGCCGUGAGCAGGAUAAACGGGGACGCCGCUCUAGAUCUGGGCCUGAAAAUGGACUUCAUCAUCGUCCAAGAGCCGUGCGAAACCUCGAAAGCGCUCACGGCAUAUAUUUACUACGAGGGCAUAGCAGACGGACUCGUUGGCCCCACCAACCCCGGAUACUGUGUCGCAGCGUCUCUGCUCGCCAGGAACUGGCACAAGGCUCUCUUCUCAUAUGGUUGUGUCGCCUACGAGCUGGAGAGCGCCACGGCAUACCCAACUUUUACCAGGACAGUGCCGUUUCCCACCGACGUGUUGUUCGUAGUGUUGAAACACUUCAGAUGGGCCAGCGUCCUGGUAGUGUCAUCCAAUGAGGACAUCUGGAUUGACACGGCUGUGAGGGUUGCUUCUGCUCUCAGGAGCAAGGGGCUUCCCGUUAGACUCGUCGGAUCUAUGGGCGUGAAUGAGACGGAGGUGGAGAGCACGAUGAGGAAGAUCCAGGAUGCAGGAGGUGUCAGGGUCAUCGUUAUGUGCAUGCACUCAGUCUUGGUUGGAGGUCAGCAGCAAGCUACUUUCCUCCUCACAGCACGCAAGAUGGGUCUGACUUCAGGGAAGUAUGUGUUUGUGCCCUACGACGCUCUGCUCUACAGCGUGCCCUAUAUGAACGUCUCCUACCUCCCUCUGCAAAACAGCAGCAACCUGAGAGAGGCCUACGACGCCGUGCUCACUAUCACAGUGGCCUCGGAGCCACUGUCCUUCAACGAGGCAUUUGCUGCGGCCAAGAGGAACAAAGAAGUGACGCUGCCCAUGGAGCCAGAGCAGGUUCAUCCGCUGUUUGGGACCAUCUAUAACAGCAUCUACCUGCUGGCCAAGUCCAUCCAAAAUGUCAGGAAAGCAGGCAUGCAGCUGUCAGGGUCGAACUUGGCCUAUUUCAAGCGGAACAUCACUUUUAAUGGCUUCAACCAGGAGGUCAAAGUGGACACCUCUGGGAGUGUUAAGACCAACUACAUCAUCCUGGACUCUGACAACAGGGGCAGCAAGCUGUACCAGACCUAUGUAGUGGACCUAACAUCAGGGGCACUCCGUUUUGCAGGGAGGUCCAUAAAUUUCCCCGGAGGGUCCCCUCCUCCCUCUGACUCCAGCUGCUGGUUUGACCAAGGCACCAUCUGCACAGGAGGUGUGGAGGUCACCUACAUCAUAAUAGCGUUAGCAGUCAUCUUCUCCCUGGCUGUUGCGGGGCUCACAGUAAUUCUCUAUAUAAGGAGGAGACUUCAUCAGAUCCAGCUGGUCAGAGGUCCCAAUCGGAUCCUCCUGACCUUAGAGGAUCUCACUUUUAUCAACCCUCAGCUUAGCAAAAAGAAAAUCACUUUAGAAGAUCUGAGCGAGUCCAGGAGCGCUCUGGAGGAGAAAUCUGCAGACCCCUCACACUCUGUGAAUAGCAUGCAAACAGAAACUCAUGAGACCACUAAUGUAGCUGUGUACGAGGGUGACUGGGUUUGGCUGAAGAAAUUCGAAGAGGGCCACUUCAAGGAAGUAAAACAAAGCACCUCCAGGAUUUUCAUGAAGAUGAAGGACCUGAGAAACGAGAACGUAAAUCCGUUCCUGGGCUUCUUUCUGGACUGCUCCAUGUUUGCGAUGGUGACGGAGCACUGCUCGAGGGGCAGUCUGCAGGACCUGCUGAGGAACGAGGACGUUAAACUAGACUGGAUGUUCAAGUCCUCCCUCAUGCUCGAUCUCAUCAAGGGUAUAAAAUAUCUUCACCACAGGGACUUCCCCCACGGCAGGCUAAAAUCCCGAAACUGUGUGGUAGACGGCCGUUUUGUCCUCAAGAUUACUGACUAUGGCUUCAAUGAGCUGCUGGAGUCUCAGAAAGCUCCUUUAGAAGAGCCCCCACCUGAAGAUCUGUUUUGGACAGCACCAGAGUUUCUACGCGACCUUGCCAAUUCUCGCAAAGGGACAUUUAAGGGAGAUGUGUACGGUUUUUCUAUCAUUCUUCAAGAGGUGGUGGUGAGAGGGCCACCGUACUGUAUGCUGGGACUGCCACCCGAAGAGAUUAUCCGUAAGGUGAAAAAACCUCCUCCUAUGUGCCGUCCUACUGUGGCUCCAGACCAGGCUCCGCUUGAAUGCAUCCAGCUGAUGAAGCAGUGCUGGAGCGAACAGCCUGACCGCAGACCGACCUUUGAUGAGAUCUUUGACCGGUUCAAGCUAAUCAACAAGGGUAAGAAGACCAAUAUCAUCGACUCCAUGCUGAGGAUGCUGGAGCAGUACAGCUCCAACCUUGAGGAUCUCAUCAGAGAGAGAACAGAGGAGCUGGAAGUGGAAAAGCAGAGAACGGAGAAGCUGCUGUCUGAAAUGCUUCCACCUUCUGUGGCAGAGGCCCUGAAAACUGGUGCCACAGUGGAGCCAGAGUUCUUUGAUCAGGUGACAAUCUACUUCAGCGACAUUGUGGGUUUCACCACCAUCUCCUCGCUCAGUGAUCCCAUUGAGGUGGUCGACCUCCUGAAUGACCUCUACACACUAUUCGAUGCUGUGCUCUCUAACCAUGAUGUCUAUAAGGUGGAGACCAUCGGUGAUGCUUACAUGGUAGCAUCAGGCCUGCCUAAGAAAAAUGGCAACAAGCACGCUGCUGAGAUCGCCAACAUGUCUUUGAACAUCCUCAGCUCAGUGGGAACCUUCCAUAUGCGACACAUGCCGGACGUGCCCGUCAGGAUACGAAUAGGAAUCCACUCAGGGCCCUGCGUUGCAGGCGUGGUGGGUCUGACUAUGCCUCGGUAUUGCCUUUUUGGAGACACCGUGAACACUGCCUCUCGUAUGGAAUCCACUGGCCUGCCUUAUAGAAUCCAUGUAAAUAUGAGCACAGUGAAGAUCCUCCGCUCUCUUAACGAUGGUUAUAAAAUAGAAGUCCGAGGAAAGACAGAGCUUAAGGUAACACUUUGGGAAGGACUUACUUAUUUACUAAAAGACUGCACAGCUCUGAGUUGUUCUUUUUGUUGCAGGGUAAAGGUAUUGAGGAGACAUACUGGCUUGUGGGGAAAACCAACUUUACAAAGCCUUUGCCAAAACCACCAGAGAUUAAACCAGGGGACAACUGGCAAGAGAUGGUGACAGAGGAGAUCAAGACUCAUUUCCGCAAGGCCAACAGGCAGGUGGACAAAAAGUUGUGAAGGCAAGGAAGAGAAGGAGAAAUGUGGAGCAAGCAAAACUAGAGGAGAGGAAAGGAGAGGAGAAAGCAUCAGGAGGAGUAAGCAUCCAUCCAAAUAGAGACAAAGAGCUGGGAGGGGCACGCAGAGGACAGAGAGCACCACCCAGCUUCUCACUGUGGCUUAAGGCAGACUUCUUUAAGAGGAUUGUCCAUCGACCGGCUAAUCUGCCUGCAGCCAGCGCAGCAAAACACAACGGUGCUAAUGUAAUGAGAGUUACCUGCCUACGUACCUGCUGCCAGAAUCACGGGGAAGGUGCACCACUCCUUCAUGAUGGAUGCACUCGCUCACUCCUCUCUGCACUCACCGGCCACUGCGUGGUCACCUAUUACAGGGCAAUCAGAAGCUCACUUGCUGGAAAAUUUGAGUGCCCCAAACGCCUAUUUCAAAAUGAAAUGUUAUCUUUUUUUCUGGUGAUUUUAUCUGUUUUUAGUUUGUUAUAAAGCUCAUAAUAUAGUUGUCGAGACUGUUACUUAGCUGUGGCUGAAUUCUAAAACUGGUUAGCCAUUCAAAGUUUGAGGCAAAAGCUGCUACUGUAUGAAAAUAACAAGAUGAGAGGAAAAAAAGAAAGGGGUCGAUCAGUUUUUUUUCUACUGUCUUGAAGCACAUGACAAAGUACAUUUAAGCCCAUGCCUACAGUUUUUUUUUCUUGAAAUAUUUAACAAGUAUAAAUAAGGAAAAGUACGACUCAUUUUUAUUUCGGUCAUGAGGAGGAAAAUGGCCACUUCCUUUAGUGAAACAUGUCACUGUUUCUAACGUGCUCAGUGUCAUUUUAACAUCUAUUGUCAGCACUCAAAACUCUAGUUAAAUGAAUCCAGCUUAAUGUUCUGUUUCUGAUGAGGUGCUCAGUAAGACGAUACAAAUAAGAUACAUGUUGAAAAUCUAUAACAGACCCAGUGAAAAAUUCUCAAUGAUGUCAGACAUUUUAAACCUGUAAAGCCUGAAUAAUGAAAAACAUCAAUAAAUAAAACUGGAGAGAUUAUUCAACCUUCCGAUGAAUUAAUAGAAGAUAUUGAAUAUCAGUUUGCAUAUACGAGCUUUAACUUGUAUCAUGUUUAAUACAUAAGGCGUUUUUGUGAAAUUUAUUGCUCACACGCACACUGUAUGUGUGUCGACUGUAUAUACAUCAGGCUUUACGGGGGGGGAAAUCAAAAAUGUAGAGAAAACAUUAUGUUUUUAUUCACAUCGACCAAAAUUCCAACCAAACUUUUAUUAUUAUUUAAUUAUUAUUAACACACGUGAAUUUGUAAUCGUGUGUCAAGUGUCACAUGGUUUCUUUAAAAGAUAAUGGUCCCAUGUAUAUAACCUACACAUAUAUAUCCAGGACAGCAAGGAGUAACAGAUGAACAGCACCACCUUCCGGUUCAAAGUAAAUUAGCAAGUAAAUACAAUGUUAUAUAUAUAUAUAUAUAUAUAUAUAAAACACAAAAUUUUCACAAAAAAAAUUUGGGAAUGAGCGCUGAGCAGAUUUUGGUUUUUUUUUUUUUUGUUUGUUUUGUUUUUUAACCUCUUAUCUACUUCUUUUUAGAUUAAAAAAUAAAGUAAUACAACAAUGCAAGAAAUGUCCCUGUGCACUGUAGUUUCAUUGCGGAUUGCAUAAGGUAAAACCUUUACAAAGUAAAAAACUGAAAUAGAUACAAAAUGUCGUUUAGUAGAAACGUACCUUUUUUUGAUGCAUGUUUUGGACUCAGCCCUAAGUAUGAAGUAAUCUUAUAUUCACGCGCUGAACAAUGAAACAUAUUUUAGCCGAUUAUAAAUUUUGCAAAUUCUCCCACUGAUCACAUCAUGUUAUUUUUGAAAAUAGAAGCAUUAUUCAUGCUCAGUAUACAAAUCAACAGCUAAGUCAGUCAGCAAUAUAUUGUAAUGUAUAUUGUGUAACUUACAUGAUGUUUAUUUGUCUUGUAUAUUAUGUAACUGUAAUGCAAUGUGUAAGAUCUGUGUAAAUAUAAAGUAACUAAAUCACUCAUUUGUAACACCUUAAAAA